AUGACUACUCCCAAGGUUCCGGAGAUUCAUGGCUUCCAGGCUUCCAGGCUUUCAGGCGUGGGCCCAAGCGAACGUGGAAGAAGAGAGUCUAGUUUGGUGAAAGAUCACUAGACCGCGCCAGGGCAGUGCUCCUGGGUCGCUUCUUUCCGUGCUCUCAGGCCGUUUCCAGAGAAGAAUGGAGGGCAAAGGGAGGCUUGCAAUGGUAGAGGAUGCCGUGGAAUACCAUCUGUUCCUGAUACCAGAUGAGGCCAGAGACACAGACGGGCACAGGGAGAGUCUUCAGAAGUACAUUGAACAAAUCAUGACCCAGUUCGCACCCAUACUGGUCCCUUACAUCUGGCAGAAUCAGCCUUUCAACCUCAAAUACAAGCCUGCAAAAGGAGGUGUUCCCGCCCACAUGUAUGGCAUGACAAAGUUUGGAGACAAUAUUGAGGAUGAGUGGUUUAUUGUUUACAUCAUAAAGCAGAUUACAAAGACGUUCCCAGAGCUGGUGGCGAGAUCUCUGGGCUCUCCAGCCUCUGGUUCCUGGCCCUCCAGGCAGUUCAGGAUCGAAGACAAUGAUGGUGAGUUCCUGUUAAUAGAAGCGGCCGACUUUCUCCCCAAGUGGUUGGAUCCGGAUAACAGUGCCAAUAGGGUGUUUUUCCAUCGUGGGGAGCUGUGUAUUAUUCCUGUGCCGAGGAAAUCCGAAAGGAUACCCUGGUUACCCACGACGCCCCCAACGAUCCAGCAAGCGUUGAGUAUAAUCUCAGCACACCCAGAAGCUAUUCUGGCUUCAGAAUCUGUACAAGCUGCUGUGGACAGGCGCAUCAGUGGGUAUCCAGAAAAAAUUGGAGCCUCCCUCCACCGAGCACACUGCUUCCUUCCAGCUGGCAUCGUGGCAGUGCUCAAACAACGGCCCAGGCUGGUGUCUGCCGCUGUCCAGGCCUUCUACCUACGGGACCCCAUUGACCUGAGAGCCUGCCGUGUCUUCAAGACAUUUCUACCCGAAACACGGAUAAUGGCAUCUGUCACUUUCACGAAAUGUCUGUAUGCACAGCUGGUACAACAGAAGUUUGUGCCCGACCGGCGGAGUGGAUACGGCCUCCCACCUCCGUCGCAUCCCCGGUACCGGGCCCAUGAACUGGGCAUGAAGUUGGCUCAUGGAUUUGAGAUUUUGUGCUCCAAAUGUAGCCCACAUUUUUCUGACUCCAGGAAAUCCCUUGUCACAGCUUCACCGCUCUGGGCCAGCUUCCUUGAAAGUCUAAGAAGGAAUGACUACUUUAAGGGACUGAUGGAAGGUUCUGCUCAGUACCAGGAGAGGCUAGAAAUGGCAAAGAACUAUUUCCAGCUCUCCAUCCACCGGCCAGAAAGUUCGCUUGCCAUGAGCCCAGGUGAAGAGAUCCUAACCCUGUUAGAGACACUGCCAUUUGACAUCGCCGAGCUCAAGACAGAAGAAGCUGACCUUCCUCCUGAGGACGAUGACCAGUGGCUAGACCUCUCGCCAGACCAGCUGGAUCAGCUGCUGCAAGACGCUGCGGGCAGAAAAGUCUCUCAGCCCGGUCCCCAGAAGGAGGAGCAGCAGAACUGUGAUGUAGGGCAGGUCUCAGACAGCAUGAAGGCCUUCAUCUCCAAGGUGUCAACCCACAAGGGGGCAGAGCUGCCCAGAGACCCUUCGGAAGCCCCGAUCACUUUUGAUGCAGAUUCUUUUCUGAAUUAUUUUGAUAAGAUUUUAGGGACAAAGCCUCAGGAGUCAGACUCUGAUGACCAGGACGAAGAUGACUUGGAGUGUUUAGACAGCGACGAUGACUUGGGCUUGGAAGCUCAGGAGUCUGAAUCUCUGAAAGGAGCUCUUGGCAGUCUCAAGUCCUACAUGGCCCAGAUGGACCAGGAACUGGCACACACCUGCAUGGGAAAAAGCUUCAGUACCCGGAAGCAAUUGGACCCUCCAUCCCAGACUGCAAAUGACAAUUCAGAUGAGGAAGAUUCUGGUGCAGGAGAUUGCACUGUUGAAGCUGUGGAUGUCGACCUGAACCUGGUCUCAAAUAUACUGGAAUCCUACAGCUCCCAAGCUGGCCUGGCAGGACCUGCUUCCAAUCUGCUACACAGCAUGGGCGUGCGGCUGCCUGACAACGCCGACCACCAUAGCAGCCAGUGACAGUGAGCCUGCACAUCGCCGCCCUUCUCACUGAAUUAACAGGGAGUGACUGUGCUCAUUCUCCCCCACUCUUCAUAAGAGUGUCUUCUGCACAGGCUUCAGAGUCCCAGCGCCACCUCUCCCAAGUACUCAUGAGCGCCUUCGGUUUGCUUUAAGUUUUCCCAAGACGGGGUUUCCCUUGUAGUUUAAUAAAACAUUGCCCUGUUGGUGUAA